AUAUCAAAAAAGAAAAAAAAAAAAAGAAGUUCUUUUGUUCAGAGAAAAAAACACUCAAAUCUGAGCGAACCAUGUCUUGCACUUCCAGUGUCUUCUUAUCCCCAAACGGCUGCGUUUUGGCAUCCCCUAAGCCUCUUGUUAGAUUCCUCAGCGCUAAGCCCAGCGGACGGAGGCUUUUCGUAUCUGUCGUUAGAGCUUCUUCUUCAGAUGAUCCUGAUUGUAAUGACGAGGAAUGUGCUCCCGACAAAGAGGUUGGGACAGUGAGUAUGGAAUGGUUGGCUGGAGAGAAGACUAAAGUGGUGGGAACCUUUCCACCUCGGAAGCGUGGUUGGACUGGUUAUGUUGAGAAGGAUACUGCUGGUCAGACCAAUGUUUACUCUAUUGAGCCUGCAGUAUAUGUUGCAGAGAGCGCCAUAAGCUCAGGUACUGCAGGGUCUUCGUCUGAUGGAGCUGAGAACACAGCAGCAAUCGUAGGAGGCCUUGCCCUUAUCGCAAUCGCUGCAGCAUCCUCUAUUCUCCUCCAAGUCGGUAAAGAUGCUCCACCUAAACCAAAAGCAGUGGACUACAGAGGACCCUCUCUUAGCUACUACAUCAACAAGUUCAAGCCUUCAGAAGUUGUCCAAGCUUCUUCCCCCGCCGUCGUUGAAGCUCCACCGGUGGCUCAGGAAGAAACUUCACUUCCGGAAACUACAGCCAGUGAGGCUCAGCCGGAGGAGACGUCUUCUGUUUCAGCAACAAGUAGCACCUCUUAAGGGGUUAUUAUUAGCCUAGGGAGAGGUUCAAUAUAUGUUGUGUAAAGAUUAUGCGUCUUGUUAAUAUUCGGAUAUAAUUUUAUAUGUAUACUUUCUUCCCUCUAUGAGUUGGUGUUAUAAUCAAAAUAUCAAAUCCUAUUCUUAUC